AUGGCCAUUCCUGGCUCUGUACGCUUUUGUGUUAGAAAAUUUGUACACAUUCUACACAUUCUAUACCAUGUCGAGCACUAUAGAGACAAAAAAUUCCGCAACGUUAAAACUUUCUCUAAAAUAGUCAGUGACAGUAACAGUGCAAAAUUAGAUAGCCUUGAUAGGCCUGAUAGCAAGUUAUCUGCUGAGAUCAGCACAUUCAAAAGUGAUUUGAAAUCUUCUUUUGCUACUGUUGUUGGCCAAAAAGUGAAGAAAAACAUUGAGUGUGUCAAUCUGGAAGUUAAAACGGUUAAAAGAAAAUUAACUGAGCCAAUUGAUAUAAAAGACAGAGAAAGAAAUAUAAUAAUUUUCAAUUUACAAGAAGGUGAAGAUGAUAAAAUUCGUGUUAAAAAUAUUUUGUUAAAAUUGUCUGAUGAUAUAAAAGAUUCACAUAUAAAAUAUGUUACAAGACUUGGGAAGAAAAAUGAAUCAUCCAUACGUCCAAUAUUGAUAGUGUUGGAUAGUUUGAUGUCUAAAGAGACCGUGAUGAAAAAUGCACACAAAUUGAAAUUAAUGUCGGUCGAACUGAGUAAAGUCUGGAUUAGCAAUGAUCUGACACCUGAGCAGAGAAGUGAAUUAAAGAAACAGAGUCAGAGGUCCUGUGGGAAGAUGGCGGAUUGUGAAGUUCAGAAAUUAACUGAUGAGGAUGUUGUUGACUGGAGGGCCAGUCGGAGGAUGAUUCAUGCUACAGCUCAAAAAUUAAUCAUGAAAAAUUACAAUGAUUUAAAAAUUGGCCUGGGGCUCCUCAACAUAAGAUCUAUAAUGUCAAAAUAUGAAAUGGUGUGUGAUAUAAUUUGUGGAGAAUUGGAUAUUCUUGUAUUAACUGAAACAUGGCAUGGGUCGUCAGAUGAGUUUGCUGUUCGUUGCGCGAUGCCCCCUGGUUAUAAGUUUGUAGAUUACGUCAGACCUCACGAUCCAUAUCAUGGCGGAAUUAUAAUUUAUUUCAAGAAAGAGUUCAUUUAUAAGCCCGUUGAGUUACACGCCGUGAUAACUUUUGAAGCUGUUGCAAUUAAAUUGAGAGUAAACAAAUCUGAUUUUAUUUUGUUACCAAUUUAUAGACCUGGAUCGGUUCCUCCUGCACCAUCGUUCUUUUCAGAGCUAGCGAAUGUUUUAGAAGUUUUAUCUCUGUUAAGUGAUAAAAUCGUUGUUGCGGGAGAUUUUAAUGUUCAUAUGGAGAGAAAAGAUGAUCCAAACACAGUCUUACUGAAUGAGGUUUUCGAUUGUUUUCAGUUCAUCCGGGUAGCCGACCCUCGGCCAAUCCAUCCUUUCGAGGCUGGUAAAUGGGUAGACAACGUAAAGUUGUCGCAUGUUGGCCGGCGAGAUGGCUCAGUGGUUCAAAUGCUCACUGAGUCAAACAUCUCAUAUACUUAG